AUGACUGAAGUACGGGAUAUCGGCGAGGCAAAGUCGACUACGACUUUCAUCAAGUCUCCGCUCAUUACCAUCAUUGUCAACGGUGGAGAGUCGACGGAGGAGUCAUUCCAAAUCCACCAAGAUCUACUCAUCGCGCGAUCAGAUUACUUCAAGAACGCCCUGAACGCCCACUGGGCCGAAUCAAAUGACCGCACCUUGCGCAUGCCAGACGUGGACAGCGAAGCAAUGGCUGUUUACCUGGAGUUCCUCUACACGGAUAAACUUCCGGUGUCGCAAAGAACAGAGGAUGGUGUGCCUGACUUCCCCUGGCUGGCAAAGGUCUACGUCCUGGCCGAGCAACUCAUGGAUUCUACCGCAAAGAAUGCGGUUAUGCAUGGCUUCUUCUCGCAGAUGCGUACCCCAGAUACGAACGGGGCGUUCUGGUUUCCGGCGGAUAUCGUUCAAACUGUCUACGACGGAACGGCUUCGCCUACGAAUCCUGCACGCCGGCUACUUGUCGAUUUGUAUCACGAUUACGGGACAGAGGUCUGGCUCAAAGAUCCUGAAGAUGAGCUGCCCAGGGACUUCUUACUCGAGCUGUCGCAGGUUAUGAUAAAGAGCAGUAAGCGCAAUGCCCCGCUGCCGAUUCCAGCUUCGAAUGUUCAGCAGUACUUGGAGAACGCGAGUGAAGGUCAGGAGAACACGGGUUCGGAGUCGGGUGCGAAAGAGAAGUAGAUUGCGGUCUUCGUUAUAGUACGGAUUCGUGACAG